AUGUUUCCUAUAAUACGUUCCAGACUUAUAGUGGGACCGAUCUCGGAGAGUAUUUUCUCCAGGCUUGGUGCUUUCGGGGUCAAUAGUUUAAACUAUACCAGCGCCAGAUAUUAUUGCACAAAUAGUACUCGUUACUUCAACAAGCAGCAAGAUAAUAAAAGUGAUCUGGUUAGCAAGCUUUCCAUAACGUCUAAUCAUAAUGAGUUGCAUAAGGCUUUGGAGAAUUCCAACUCUUUGAAACAGCAUCUUGAAAUAACGAAAAUACGCAAAUUGCAAAUUAAAGAGGAAGAAAAACAAAAUCUUUCAAAUAACAAAAAGAGCUUUAAAGAGAAUUUGAAAACUAUUGGUAGAAUAUUAAAAUUGGGGAAACCUGAUCUUAGGCUAUUCUUGUACGCGUUGGCAUUUAUUCUUUUUGCUGUUUUAUAUCCAACUACUGCAGUAAAAUUAGUUGGGGCCGCUAUAGAUGCAUUUAAUGAUAACUUGAAAGAUGAAGAUGGAGACUUGUUGAUCUGGGGUUAUAAAUAUUCUACUGUUUUCAGUGUCAUGGUUCCAUUUAUGUGUGUGAGUGCCGUUUGUUUUUGGGCAAGAAUUUGGGUAUUGAAAUUAUUAGGUGAACGAUUAGUGGCUAGAUUAAGAUUAAGAGUAAUGAAACAUUUAUUACGCCACGAUGCUGCCUUUUAUGAUAACGAAAAACAUAAAGUUGGUGAUUUGAUCUCUCGUUUGUCAAGUGAUGCAUAUGUUGUUUCAAGAUCAAUCACUGGUAAUUUACCUGAUGGUUUGAAAAAUAUGUUAUUCGGAAUUAUUAGUUCUUAUAUGAUGUUUAGUAUCAAUCCUUUAUUAUUCUGUGUUAUGCUCUUGAUUUCUCCUCCUAUUACUUUUGGUUCUGUUUGGUAUGGUGAAAAAAUUAGAUCAUUAUCUACUCGUCUUCAAAAUGCCACUGCUGGUUUGACCAAAGUAAGUGAAGAAACUCUUAAUUCAGUCAAAUUGGUCCAAUCAUUUACUGCAGAACAAAAAGAAUUAACCAAGUAUUCCGACCAAUUAAGAAAUGUUAUAAAUGUCGCUAGAAAAGAAGCUUUAGCUCAAUCGAAUUACCUGGUUUCCAUUUAUUCUUUGUACCAUUCCGGUUAUUUAUCCUGUAUUGCAUUGGGUGUCUAUUUAAUCUUGAAUGGUCAAAUGACAACUGGUGAUGUUGUUGCUUUCACCAUGUAUUCUGAAUUGUUUAACCUGGCCUUAUAUAGUUUGACCACUACAUAUAUGGAAUUAAUGAAAGGCUCGGGGGCUGGUACUAAAUUAUUCGAUUUAGUUGAUCAUAAAAAUGAAGUACCUCCAGUCUUGGGUGAAAAGCUUCCAGCUUUUAUGAAGAAUGAUAUAGAAUUCAGAGAUGUUCAAUUUAGUUAUCCUACUAGACCUCAUGAUUUAAUUUUUGAUGGUUGUUCAUUCAAAAUUCCAGCUUCUUCGAGUACUUGUUUUGUUGCCCCUUCAGGUUGUGGUAAAUCAACAGUUGCCCUUUUACUACUCAGAGCUUAUAAUAUUUCAAAAGGUGAGAUCUUAAUUGGCGGUCAUAAUAUAAAUAAACUUCAAGUUCGUGACUUAAGAAGAUCAGUAAUUGGUAUUGUUCAACAAGAACCAAUUUUAUUAUCUGGUAGUAUCCUUGAAAAUAUCGUUUAUGGUUUAACUCCUUCACAAAUAAGUCAAUUAACCAUGGAUGAUAUCAUUGAAGUGUCUAAACAAGCCAAUUGCCAUGAUUUCAUUUCAGCAUUUCCUGAAGGAUACGAUACCAUAAUUGGAGCUCGUGGAGCAUCAUUAUCUGGUGGUCAAAAACAAAGAGUCGCUAUUGCUAGGGCUUUAAUCAAAAGACCUUCUAUUCUUAUUUUAGAUGAAGCCACAUCAGCUUUAGAUUCUAAACUGGAAAGUCUUAUCAAUGAAACAUUGAAAAACUUGACAUCUCAGGGAAGAAUGACCAUUAUUUCGAUUGCACAUAGAUUAUCUACCAUUUCCAAAUCGGAAAACGUUGUUGUUUUAGGUAAGCAUGGUAAAGUUGUUGAACAAGGUAGAUUUGUUGAAUUAUUUAGUAAUCCUCAAUCUGAAUUAUCUAAAUUACUUGACGAAUCAAGCUCCAAAGAAUCAAAAGAUGAAAGUUUAGAUGAUGAAGACGUGGAAGAAGUUAAAGAAGAUGACGAACAACGUAAACUUGAUGAAGAAGCUUUAAGAAUUGAAAAGGAACAGAAACAACAAAGUGAAAUGGAAAUUGUCAGAUCAAUGAUUGAUGAUUUACCUUAUGAUCUCAGAGCUCAACUUGUGCAACAAGUUUCAAAGGAAUUCGAAGAUGAUAAAAAGGCAGCAGUUCUGGAAAAGAAACUGGAUGAUAACAACAUUGUUUCAUAG